CAAAUAUUACCUUUUCAGUCAUAUUCUUAAUACCUGCUACGCUUGGAAACAUGAACCAACUCUUCUAAUUCAUUUUAAUUUUACAUUCCUUUUUGCCAGUUUCAAACAUGUUUUCACUGGUAUCGGGCGCAUACAGAUACUUUACUCGGCAGGACGAGUACAACGUCUUAAUGCUUGGCCUUGACAGCUCUGGAAAAACAACGCUACUUGAGAAAAUUAAACACAUUCACACGGGAGUCCCUGGCAUGCCAGUGGAAAAUAUUUUGCCCACUGUGGGCGUGAACAUCAGCAAGGUAACAAUGAACCGCGACUUGAUAAAGUUUAUGGAUCUCGGCGGCCAGGCGGAUUUGCGAGGAAUCUGGGAAGCAUACUUUGAGGACUGCCACGCCAUACUUUUUGUUAUAGACUCGGCGAAUGGCGAGCGCAUAGACGAGGCAGGCGAUGUCUUGAUAAAGCUGAUCAAGUCGGAGGAGUUGGAGGGGUUGCCUGUGCUCAUUUUGGCAAACAAGUGCGAUUUAUCAGAUGCUGGGUCGCUGGUUAAGAUCAAAGAGAUGGUUAAUGGAAUGGCAGACCUAUUGGACUCGAGGGACGUGAGGGUGAUGGAGGCAUCAGGAGUCGAGGGAACCAGAGUGCAAACUGCCAUGGACUGGUUGCACAGCAGAAUUAUUGACAACCGGACCAAAAGACCGCCGGCUGCCUCUGAUAUAUAAGGCCAAUUGGAUGGCUUUGCAUAUUUCUAUGAGUAAUGAAAAAAAUGAAUUGCACAUGAUUGAGCUGCAUAUUGAACCAUAGUGGUGGCAUGCAUUCUCAUCUGGAUCCCCGAGAGUGUUUUUUUUACAAAUUAUCUUUAUUCUAUUUACCAAAUAA